CGCCCGCUGGUAGUGUGGACACAGGGCCUGCAACUGCGUUCUGAAAUGUGCUGGCAAUCGAGAGCCGACUCACGGACCCAGCAAUGAAUUUACGGCAUGACUAGAGACGGAUAAAGGCUGAAGAAGAUUCAAAACCAGACACAGAAGUCGAGCCUGGGGACCAGGUCUUCAUAAAGGUCAUAAAAAAAAAUUAAAAAAAAAAAGAAGUGGACAGACCUAUGGUGAGAGGGACCAUACCAAGUACUGCCAACAACCUCCACAAAUAGCUGAACGCCCUUCCUGGAUCCACCUUUCUUACUGUAAGAAGGUACAAGAGCUUUCUGACCAUGGUCGAAAUAAACCCACUUGGUGUCUUGAGGACUAGUCCGGCUACAAAGGGGAGUGAAGCCAACAGAGCCACUCGUCUCAACACCGGUGAAGGAUUGCUAAAGUCCAGAGACAGUAGUAAGGGGACUCGACCAUGGCUAUUUGUCUGAUAGUACUGAUGUACCUAGAGUUAGGAUGGAUUGAUGGACAGGGCCUAGGAGCCUUAGAUCCCCUGACCUUUAACUAUCAGGAGGGGGUUACUGGAACAGUCAAGUUUGACCUAUGUCAGGUAAUUGAUUGUGGAGAAGAGCAAAGUGGGUACCAAUUGGCCGAGAAAUAUGUGUGCGAGGUAGACAACCAGAUAAUAUGCAGCCCACUAGGACAAAAGUACGCGCCGAGCCGCUAUUCAUCUGAGUGUGGGUGUCCAUACUGGAGCAAUGUCAUCUGCAAUUCUGGGGUUCCUAGGUGGGGCUACAGCCCUGCCAGAGCUUCACGAGGUCCUGAUCCCCUAACCCAGCGUAUGACCAUCUAUCAAGGCCAAACACCCACAAGCUGUUCCAAGAAGGCGUGUAACCCGAUGCAUCUCACCCUUACAAAUCCAAAGCCUUCAGAUACUGGCCUUUAUAUGCUGGGCAUGAGUGUCUCAGGUCAGGACCCUUUAGGCCAUUUUCAAAUAAAGAUAACCCGUAAGACUUUAGUUCCCGAUAACGCCUCCCCUGAAGGUAGCUUUACCAAGGCUCUCCAUGGUUUACAAGCCCUGUCUAAAGAAUUGCAUGACAACUCUGGCAUCGACAACCCCUUCACCUCCCAUUUGGAAUCAUGGUUUGGGAGAUGGAGUGCACUUGCCUCUUCUGUCUCGAUUUCCUUUGCAGUGAUAGCUUUCAUCACCAUCUGUGGCUGCUGUUUCUUCCUAUGUGCCAGAGGGCAUGCCCUGCGGUGGAUCGACUCUGCAGUCACCCAGGACAAGCUGAAUCACAGUGUCCCCAUAAACAAAGUUGACUACUCCGCUCUGGACCUAACAAGAGCCGAGGAAAAAUAAGAAGGCCUACUUGUAAACGGACAGCUGCCUGCAAAAACCUAGCGGACAGCUGUGGAAAAUACACCCCAGAUGUAUACACUCGUUUUCUUUUUAUGUUUUGGUUUGUGUUUUUGAUUUCAUGCUUAAUCCCUCGCAUAUAGUGUAAACAGGAGAGAAAUGCUUGUGGUUAUGGAACCAUGUCUGCACAUGAUUGCGACACCUUUUGCAAUAACGUAUUCGUACAGAGGGUACAUGGUGUAUGUGUGUGUAAAAUGCAGAAGUUGACCCCUAGCUUAGAGCGUUAGACAGGAUGGCUCAGUUAAGCAUGUAACUGAAACUAGGUGCUCUUCCAACAACUAAGGAAGAUAUAUAAGCAGAAUACGCCAAGUGUGCUCAGAGCAUUUUCACCUAGACUUUGUCCUGUAUGUAGUUUGCUCCCUUGCUGUAAGAAUAAAAUCUUCAGAGACAACCAGUGA